UUGUCACUGACAUUUCAUAAUAACCAAUUUAUAUUUCCUAAUUUCUUAUCAAAAGAAUCAAAUAUAGUUCGAAAAAUAAAAUUAAACAAGAUACUAGAAAAGAAAUGAUAGAAAAAGUAAAAAAUGUUAUUUUAGUACUUUCCGGUAAAGGAGGUGUUGGCAAAUCAACCGUUAGCGUUCAACUGAGUUUGGCUUUGAAAGAAUCUGGUUAUAAAGUUGGUUUGCUUGAUAUAGAUUUGUGUGGACCGAGUAUACCAUAUCUUCUCGGCUUAGAAAACAGUGAAAUAUAUCAAUGUGAAAAUGGAUGGCUUCCUGUUUAUACAAAUGAUAAUAGGGAAAACUCUUUAGCUGUUAUGUCAAUUGGAUUCCUUUUAAAAAAUAAAAAUGAAGCUGUUAUAUGGCGCGGACCAAAAAAGACGGCUAUGAUCAAGCAAUUUUUAAAUGACGUUGAAUGGGGUGAACUAGAUUAUUUAAUUAUUGAUACUCCACCGGGUACAUCAGAUGAACAUAUAACAAUAAUGGAAUGCAUGCAAAAUUUCCGAUCUGAUGGAGCGAUAAUUGUAACAACACCACAACAAGCUGCCUUAGAUGACGUUAGGAAAGAAAUAACUUUUUGUAAGAAAACAAAAAUUCCAAUUUUAGGUAUCAUAGAGAAUAUGAGUGGAUUUGUAUGUCCACAUUGUUCAAAUUGUACCAACAUAUUUUCUUCGGAUGGUGGAAAAGCUUUAGCUGAAAUAGCUAAAGUUGAUUUGCUUGGAACAUUACCAAUAGACCCAAGAAUCGGAGUUUUGAAAGGAACAAGUUGUUCUGUUAUAACAGAGCUACCAGAUACAAGUACUGCUAAAGUUUUAAAAGAUAUUGUUAAAAAUUUAAACAGUAAAUUACAAUAAAAAUUUUGUAUGAUUUCUUAAUAACCUA